AUGUUUGGGGCUGUAGCCUCCGCGUAUCAAGUCGAAGGAGCCUGGAAUGAAGACGGUAAAGGAGAGAGCAUUCAGGACUACGUCUUCCACAACCAUCCUGAAUACACCACAGGAGACACCGGGGACGUAGCCUGCGAUUCUUACCACAAGUACCAGGAGGACGUGCAGAUGCUGAGGGCACUCAACGCUGGUAUCGACUACUACAACAACCUCAUCAACGAGCUACUCGCCAACGGAAUUCAGCCUCUGGUAACAAUGUACCACUGGGACCUUCCGCAAGCACUGCAGUACAUCGGAGGCUGGUCCAACGAGUUGCUGGUCGACUACUUCGUUGAAUACGUCAGGAUACUGUUCGAUAACUUUGGAGUCAGGGUGAAAUGGUGGAUCACAAUCAAUGCUCCAGCUGGUUUGGUAAACGGCUACGCGGUGAACGAAGUCGCCCCCUCUCAGCCAGCAUCGGGCAUCGGAGACUACCUGGCAACACACACCGUCAUCAAAGCCCACGCACGGGUGUGGCACCUGUACAACGAACAAGCUAAGUACGGGCUGUACGAGGUGGAUUUCAACAGUCCAAACCGGACGAGGACGCCCAAGGAUUCAGCCAGAUUCAUGGCGGAAGACUUCAGCAGCAAGCAGUUGCCCAACCAAUAG